GUCGCCGUGGUAGGUAGGUACGUCAAAUCUACGAAGAGGAGGGAACGCCAAAUGGCCCAUUCAAGUCAUUUCUAAAUCUUGGCCACCUUCUUGAUUGGAUAGAGAAAUGUGAGAGAACUUGGCGUGAAAGUUGAUAGCUAGAUCAGCCUGAAGCCUGCGUUGUGGAUACUUUUGUUGGAUCCAGCCCUUUGUGUCUAUGGUUGCUGCUUCCCUUUCUGAGCUAACAAUCUCAGCCGGUUGAAGAGCUGAUGUAGUCACGCAGCAUACCUCAAGGUCAAAAAAGAAGUACAAAACAAAUUAUCUGCACAAAGCAGGAAACCUGACAUCGAACUCAAAGCUUUCCUAAGCUCUGGAAGAAUCCUGCAAUUUCUGCAAAGCUCUCUGAAGGCCACUCUUGUUCAUACACCUCCAGUCUGAAAAAAGAAAAAGCAGGUCUUAACAUCUGCUCCACCAGCUGCUGGCGUGACAGAGUCGGAGGGUCUGCAUUAGGGUUUGCAAGAUAUCAAUCCCCGCUUGUCUCAAUGGCGGAAACUCUCCCACGAAUCGACCAUCUUAUCAUUGGAGCGAAGGACUUGGUGGCGGCCAAAGAGUACUUUUUGAAGGAGUAUGGUCUGCAAGGCUACGACGGCGGGAAGCACCAGGGGGGGUGGGGAACAGAGAACUAUCUCAUCCCCCUGGGACAGGGCUACAUUGAAAUUGCAGCCGUGUUCGACCCGGAAGCCGCGCAGACGUGCGACUGGGGCAAGUUAAUCGCAUCGACUGAGGUGACCCCAGAGAAGCCCUGGAAGAUGCUGACGUUCUGCUGCCAGACGAAGGAGGACGCCGCUGACAUCAGCAAGCGGCUGAACCACAUGCUGGGCCACAUGAAGCGCGUCCUGCCCGGUGGCGACUAUCUGACGUGGCGCGUUGCGACGAUGUCGCGCUUCCACGAGUCCGAUCGCGCGCCAAAGCCGUUCUUCAUCACGUGGGACGACCCCUCGAAGCGGCCCGACAAGCGGGUGGUUGAACACGUGGCAGACCCGGUGGGCUUCGAAUACAUCGAGCUCUCCGGAGGCGAAAGCGACAAGGCGGCCAUGAAGGAGUGGAUAGGCGAGGGCGUCGAAGGGCGUCGUCUGCCGCUGCGGUGGGUUGAGGGGCCGCCCGCAUUAAAAGCUGUUGGCAUUAAGACGGCCGAUGGCAAGACCAUCGUGUUGGAAUGAGGAUAUCGUUCGGAAGACUGAAUAAUACGAGGAGAUUUGGCAACCCUUGUUUAACACUAGGGUCAGAAGCCCCAAGAAACUUACUUGACACGAAUAAACGUCAACCGAGUUGCACGAGCGAGCGUAGUCUUAACCUCGCUGGUUCCAGGAUAGCGGAACCUGAACCUAGAGCAGGAAACAAUUGCACUUUAUUAAACGCUCGCUUUUGGAUUGAGCAACGCCAACAUGCAAGAAAGUCUGUGAGUCAC